CGCCGCGGCGGCCCUUUGCGCUGCUCCGCGCCGCUUCCCUAUCCUCCUCCUCCUCCUCCGCCACCACCUCCUCCUCCUCCUCCUCCAUUUUGCGAGCUCGACUCGGGGACGGGAGUCCGAGUGGCCGCCCGCCCGUCGGGGCCGGAUCGCGGGCGUUGGAGGGCGCCGGCGCCGGGACGGGGGCCGCGCGGGCGGCCGGGGCGGAGGGCGCGGGGCCGGAGCGCCGGGCCUGUCAGCCGGGCAAUGGGCGACUUUCUUAAAUAAGGGGUGCGCCCCCCUGCAGCCUGCGCUCCCCAUGGAAAAGGGGGGCGGCUGUUUACUUCCUUUUUUUUAAGAAGAAGAAGAAGAAGAAGAGAAAAAAAAAAAACCUCCCCUGGCCGCCGCCGCUCGCGCUCGCACGCGCCAAGUUGUUUAUCUCGGCGGCGGGGGGCGCCGCGGCCCGAGUUUUGCGGCUGAUACUCACUGAUGGACUCCAAAGAAUUGUUAAGCGCCUCAAAUAAAGAAGGCCCCAGCAGCAUACUUGUCCCGGAGAGGGGAAAUGUGAUGGACUUCUAUAAAACCUUAAGGGGAGGAGCUACUCUGAAGGUUUCUGUAUCUUCCCCUUCACUGGCUGCCAUUUCUCCAUCAGACUCCAAGCAGCAAAGACUUUUGGUUGAUUUUCCAAAAAACUCUGGGAGCAAUGCGCCACAGCCAGACCUGUCCAAGGCAGUAUCACUCUCCAUGGGACUAUAUAUGGGAGAGACGGAAACAAAAGUGAUGGCAAAUGACCUGGGAUUCCCACAGCAGGGCCAGAUCAGCCUCUCUGCUGGGGAAACAGAUUUUCGGCUUCUGGAAGAAAGCAUCGCAAACCUCAACAGGUCGACCAGUGUCCCAGAGAACCCCAAGAAUUCAGCACCCACUGCUGUUUCUGCUCCCCCCUCUGAAAAGGACUUUCCAAAACCUUACUCGGAUCUGUCUUCAGAACAGCAAACUUUGAAGGGCCAGACGGGCACCAACGGGGGCAACGUGAAGUUAUAUUCUACAGACCAAAGCACCUUUGACAUUUUGCAGGACUUGGACUUUCCUUCUGAGUCCCCAGGUAAAGAGACAAAUCAGAGCCCUUGGAGAUCAGACAUCUUGCUAGAUGAACACUGUUUGCUUUCUCCUUUGGCAGGAGAAGAAGAUCCAUUCCUUUCAGAAGGAAAUUUAAAUGAGGACUGUAAGCCUCUUGUUUUACCGGACACUAAACCUAAAAUCAAGGAUAAUGGAGAUCUGAUCUUACCAAACCCCAACAGCGUGCCACUACCCCAAGUGAAAACAGAAAAAGAUGAUUUCAUUGAACUCUGCACCCCUGGGGUAAUUAAGCAGGAGAAACUGGGCCCCGUUUACUGUCAGGCAAGCUUUUCUGGGACAAAUAUAAUUGGUAAUAAAAUGUCUGCCGUUUCUGUUCAUGGUGUGAGCACCUCUGGGGGACAGAUGUACCAUUAUGACAUGAAUACAGCAGCGUCCCUUUCUCAGCAGCAGGAUCAGAAGCCCAUUUUCAAUGUUAUUCCACCAAUUCCGGUUGGUUCCGAAAAUUGGAAUAGGUGCCAGGGAUCUGGAGAUGACAACCUGACUUCCUUGGGGAGUUUGAACUUCCCUGGUCGAUCGGUUUUUUCUAACGGCUAUUCAAGCCCUGGAAUGAGACCGGAUGUGAACUCGCCUCCGUCCAGCUCCUCCACAGCCACGGGACCACCUCCCAAACUCUGCCUCGUCUGCUCGGAUGAAGCUUCAGGAUGUCACUAUGGGGUCUUGACGUGUGGAAGCUGUAAAGUUUUCUUCAAAAGAGCAGUGGAAGGUAGACAGCACAAUUAUCUUUGUGCUGGAAGAAAUGAUUGUAUCAUUGAUAAAAUUCGAAGAAAAAACUGCCCAGCAUGCCGCUAUCGAAAAUGUCUCCAAGCUGGAAUGAACCUGGAAGCUCGGAAAACUAAAAAGAAAAUAAAAGGAAUUCAUCAGGCCGCUACAGGAGUCUCCCAAGAAUCUCCGGAAAAUCCUGUCAACAAAACAAUAGUUCCUGCUACAUUACAGCUCACCCCGACUCUGGUGUCUCUGCUGGAGGUCAUUGAACCUGAAGUGUUAUAUUCAGGCUACGACAGUACUCUUCCGGACUCCGCUUGGCGGAUCAUGACCACGCUCAACAUGUUAGGUGGACGGCAAGUGAUUGCCGCCGUGAAAUGGGCAAAGGCAAUACCAGGAUUCAGGAACUUACACCUGGAUGACCAAAUGACCCUACUGCAGUACUCCUGGAUGUUCCUCAUGGCAUUUGCCUUAGGGUGGAGAUCAUAUAGACAUUCAAGUGCAAACCUGCUGUGUUUUGCUCCGGAUCUGAUUAUUAAUGAGCAGAGAAUGACUCUACCCUACAUGUAUGACCAAUGUAAACAUAUGCUGUUUGUUUCCUCUGAGUUACAGAGGCUUCAGGUAUCUUAUGAAGAAUAUCUUUGUAUGAAAACCUUACUACUCCUCUCUACAGUUCCUAAAGAAGGCCUGAAGAGCCAAGAGCUGUUUGAUGAAAUCAGAAUGACCUACAUCAAAGAGCUCGGGAAAGCCAUUGUCAAGAGGGAGGGGAAUUCCAGUCAGAACUGGCAGCGUUUCUAUCAGCUGACAAAACUCUUGGACUCCAUGCAUGAUGUGGUUGAAAAUCUCCUUAAAUAUUGCUUCCAAACAUUUAUGGAUAAGAGCAUGAGUGUUGAAUUUCCCGAGAUGUUAGCCGAGAUCAUCACCAAUCAGAUACCAAAAUACUCAAGUGGAAAUAUUAAAAAACUUCUGUUUCAUCAAAAGUGACUGCCUUAACCAGAAAGGUUGCCUUAAAGAAAGUUGAAUUUAUAGCUUUUAUUGUACAACCAUCAAUUUUGUCCUGUAGCAGUUUCGUUGUUUUCUUGUUUUGUUUCGGUCUGGUUCUUGUUUUGUUUUAAAUACGCACUACAUGUGGUUUAUAGAGGGCCAAGACUUGACAGCAGAAGCAGUUGAGCCGUCACUGGUCAGUGAUGGGAAGGUGAUAGUGGCUGAUUCCUGUGGGUUCGAUCCCAUCCCAGGAUCACCCCCACUCUCAGAGAAGUAGCACCGAGACCACCAGUGCCCGAAGUCUGUGUGAUGAACUUGUUCUGCUCAUACUUUUCACAGUUGGCUGGAUAAAAUUUUCUUCUAGACUUUUUUGGGUGUAUUUCCCCCUGUAUAGUUAGAGUAGCAUUUUUUUUUUUGAUUUAUGCAUGGAAACCUGAAAAAAGUUUACAAGUGUAUGUCAGAAAAGGGAAGUUGUGCCUUUUAUAGCUAUUACUGUCUGGUUUUAACAGUUUUCCUUUAUAUUCGGUGAACUACGCUUGCUCAUUUUUUUCUUACAUAAUUUUUGUAUUCGAGUUAUUGUACAGCUGUUUAAGAUGGGCAGCUAGUUCUUGGCUUUCCUCAAGAAACUCUAAACAUUACUCUUCUUUCUGUGUGAAAAUGGGUUGGUGCUUCUAACCUGAUGGCACUUAGCUAUCAGAAGACCAUAAAAAUUGACUCAAAUCUCCAGUAUUCUUGUCAAAAAAAUAAAAAGCUCUUAUUUGUAUAUAUCUGCUUCAGUGGAGAAUUCCAUAGGUCGUGCACAUUAACCGGUAUAGAGCACCUAGUCCAGUGACCUCCUGGAUGAACUGAGGAUGAUGGUCGCAAAAGACAAAUUGGGGUAGGGGGGACCUACCAAGAGGCACUAAUGCACCUAAUGCCCUGUUCUAAGCAGUGGUUAGAUGGCAAGAGAGUCGGUAACUGUCCUGUCGGGACCUUUUGUUGUAGUCUCUGUACAACUCUUGAAAGUCAAUGAUUCCAGAUAAGCAGCUGAAAUUUUUCGUCCAACGAAUUCCUCCCAAAUUGUACCCCCCCAAAAAAAUUUUAAUACAUUGAAGUGGCUAGAUACCCAUUUUCACAUCCCCAUCUGUCAUCAAUUGGUCUAUCUUUUCCUGAAGAGACAGGAAAACUCAGCUACUGAUUUUUUUGUGAUUUAGAACGUAUGUCAGACUUCCAUGUUUGUAAAACUACACAUCCCUAUGUGUGCCAUAGUUUUAACAAGAGUCUUGUGACUUUCUCCUCCUCACUCUUGAGAAUUAUCAUUUUAAACAAAAUAGAAGCUGUAGUAGCCCUUUCUGUGUGCACCUUACCAACUUUCUGUAAACUCAGAACUUACCAUAUUUACAAAGCCACGAGAAAUUUGAUUUCUAUUAAAAGGUGGCCAAAUUAUUUGUGUAAUAGAAAACUGAAAAUCUAAUAUUAAAAACAUGAAACUUCUAAUAUAUUUUUAUAUUUAGUUAUAGUUUCAGAUAUAUAUCAUAUUGGUAUUCACUAAUCUGGGAAGGGAAGGGCUACUGCAGCUUUACAUGCAAUUUAUUAAAAUGAUUGUAAAAUAGCUUGUAUAGUGUAAAAUAAGAAUGAUUUUUAGAUGAGAUUGUUUUAUCGCGACAUGUUAUAUAUUUUUUGUAGGGGUCAAAGAAAUGAUGGCUAAAGCCUAGGUGAUUUCUAGCACGUGUGAGCAUUCGGACAGGCAGCCGGGUCUCAGAAAGCAAGCAGGUUGGCUCCGGGGAAGAGAGGGAGACUCGUCCCGUGUGUGGUGACGGUUGCCAAGGCUCCAUCCCAUUCAGAUCACGGAGGGGGUCGUCCUCUGCCGCCCAGAAUGCCUCCCCUUCUCUUUCCAUCCCAGUCUGUCAGCACAGUUUUCAUUUCCUGAAUCUCCCCUGGCUCUAGAGUGUGUGAACAGGGGACAAGAGAAAAGAUGGCACUUCCACACUGGCAGGUACCAUCUCCUCGUACGGACCCUUCCCGUACAGCCUCUCCGACAGUCGAACAGACUUCAGCAGUUUGGCAAUAAUGACGCCUAGAGGUACCAGCAAUAUGUAAAUAGUGCAGAUUCUCCUAGGUUGCCAAUAAUACACUAAUUCCUUUCUAUCCUGCAAGAAUUUACCAACAAAAAUGAGGACGUGUUUUAUGUUUUCUUUGGAUGCUUUUUUGAAUGUUACUUUUUCAGUAUUUUUUGGAGCAAUUAUUUAGUAACAGUGUAAUCAUUCGCUUUUAUGAAUGCUCUCUGAAAGGGAAUGCUCUUAUGUGUAAUGGUUUCAGUUGAUAUCAAAGUAUUUUUUAAAUGGUUUAUAACCCAGCUGGAUGUGAAACUUUUGGUGCCUACGAAAUACCGCUUGAAUAUUAUCAGUGACAGUGUUACAUUUCUAAAAGAAGCUUCUGAAAGGUAAAAUAUUACAGAAUGUUUUAUGGUUAAAACCAGAAAGCACAUCAAACAUUAAUCUUAUUUUAGUCCCAACAACUUCAGUUCUCCAUAAACAGAGCUGGAUUUAAAGAAAAGAAAAAAACGAAAUGAUGUGCAUGUUAAUAAUUCAAAAGUCAACUGACAUUCAUAUACAACUCUGAGAAGCUGAACAUUAAAUGGAAGAAGAAGCUAUGCCCUUUCAGAAUAUGUGGGAAUAAAACAUCAUCUUAAUUAUGCUCGUGUAUAAGCAUGGGUUUCAGCAGAAUAAAGAUGCAGCUCUCUUUGAAAGCAGCUUCCUUGUCCAUGUAUGUGGUAUCUCACCAUCCCCAAACUAAAUUAACUUUUGCAUUGAGAGCUGGUGACACGUGGGUAACUCACAACAAAACCUGAGAAAUAUUUUUAAUUACUGAGAGGAUAAAGGUGACCCAAUGAUUUAGACCUUGCUGUGGUAUCCUGUACAACUACUUUUGGAGAAUAAUGCCCAAUUUUAUUUUAUUUUUUUAAAUCUUUUUAACUGUGGGAGAGAGAGGACCUCCCUCCUGGGGGCGGGAAGGGGGGAAGGGGGGGCGGGGGGGAGGCGCCUCAACAGGAAACCGGAUCUGGUUGAAUAUGAAGAGCUUGCUGACCAACAUAGAAUGAACUGCGUGUCUGCAUGUUAAAAAGCCAGACGUGUGAGAAUCGGAGUGCAGGGGUGAGCAGUACAGCCUAUCGCCAUUAAGUCUUUUCUGUUUCAGUACCCUAAAACUACAUUACCAUGAGCACUCAGACCUGUCAGAAUACACAAACUAUCGUGGUCCUCAGUGAGAUUUUCACUUAGGCUGAUCAACCAAAAUUCUCUAGCUAUAGAUGAAUGUUGUUAUGUGCCUGGUUUGACAGUUGGAAAGGCGGAGGUGAGGAGGACACUUUAAACCACUUUGAAUGGAAGUUUCAUCAUUUUCCAGACUAUUAGUCAUCUGGUUCACUAGGUUUAGUGACCAGGUUUUGGAAAAGGAUUAGCUUCUCUCUAGGAAAUACCUGAAAGGAUUUUAUUUUCUGAUGAAUAGCUGUAUGAAAAUACCCUCUUCAAAUAACUUGCUUAACUACAUAUAGAUUCAAGUGUGUCAAUAUUCUAUUUUGUAUAUUAAACAAAUGCUAUAUAAUGGGGACAAAUCUAUAUUAUACUGUGUAUGGCAUUAUUAAGAAGCUUUUUCAUUAUUUUUUAUCACAGUAAUUUUAAAAUGUGUAAAAAUUAAAACCAGUGACUCCUGUUUAAAAAUAAAAGUUGUAGUUUUUUAUUCAUGCUAAAUAAUAAUCUGUAGUAAGAAAAAAAAAUGUCUUUUUACCUACGCAGUGAAAUGUCAGACUGUAAAAUCUUGUGUGGAAAUGUUUAACUUUUAUCUUUCAUUUAAAAUCGCUGUUCUGGUAUUACCAAACCACACAUUUGUACUGAAUUGGCAGUAAAUGUUAGUUAGCCAUUUACAGCAAUGCCAAAUAUGGAAAAACAUCAUAAUAAAAAUCUGCUUUUUCAUUAUAUGA